UUGAUUUGAUAAAAUUGUAUGAAAACAUAUAACGUGUUAUUGGUUGAUUUGCAAAAGCCUUUUCCGGAGCGGCAAAUAAAUGUGAAACGUUAACCGUAUGCAAUAGUAGCUUAAGCAGUAGUGUAGAAAAUCCAAUAUGGUGACAGUUGUAGAGCGGUUCUGGAUCCGUUCUCUAAUUUAAGAUAAGAAUUUAAAUAUAAUGCGACGAAAGUAAUAACAAUAAUGAAAAUUCGAUUGAAAACAUAGUGAUCAAUGAAAAAAUUCUCAUGUCAUAUAAAUAUAUUGUAUAGGUGAUCACUAAAAAAAUUCUAUUUCUCCAGGGACAGUGGCUGGAACUUUGCCACACACUUUUGUCCUUAGAGUUGUAUUUAAAGAUUGAAAAAAUUUCUUCAUUGAGAAAUGGAGUGUGUAAAAGUAGAAGGUGAUACGGAAACUAACGACACCGAUCCUAUGAAAAGCAAAAUUAAAGAUAAAAAUGAAAGUUGUGUAACAGAUGUUUUGACCUUAGAUAUUAACAAUCGCUUAACUCUUGCAACAACUGAAAUUUCCGAAGAACCUCAUACAAAUGGUAUUUCUCAAGAAAAUGGUAUAUGCGAUUCUUUUUCUAGAACAACCGAUUCAUCCAAUCAUCCUCCACAAUCUCAAACAAUGGAAACUAGUCAUUUAAAUCAACAUGAAAUGGAAACACUAUCCUCGGAAAGUAAUGAUAAUGAUAUUGAAUAUGUUAGUUAUACGAGCGAACUUCAAAUGCCUGAUAUAAUGAAAUUGAUACAAAAAGACUUAAGUGAACCAUAUUCUAUUUACACGUAUAGAUAUUUUAUCCAUAACUGGCCGAAAUUGUGCUUCCUGGCAAUGCAUGGCGACGAGUGUGUUGGCGCCAUUGUCUGCAAACUGGACAUUCACAGAAAGGUUAUUAAACGUGGAUAUAUUGCGAUGCUAGCAGUUGAUGUUAAAUAUCGAAAACGCAAAAUUGGAUCUAAUUUAGUGAGAAGGGCAAUACGUGCAAUGGUAGAGGACGAUGCCGAUGAAGUAGUAUUAGAGACUGAAAUAACUAAUCGACCAGCCCUACGGUUAUAUGAAAAUUUGGGAUUUGUGCGUGAUAAACGAUUGUUUCGAUAUUAUUUAAAUGGAGUGGAUGCUUUACGACUGAAAUUAUGGUUUAGAUGAAAACCGCCAGAGUGCUUAUGCCAAUAGGAACUUAAAUAAUUGCAGUGUUAUUGAGCAAAAGAUUUGCAUCCUUCCUCGGUCAGAUAUACAACAGCGAUAAUGCCACAGGGAUUAAUGUCUACGCACAAUUUCUUUAUACUUAUUUUUCAUCAAGUUGUAGUAAUGAUAAUAGACUUCAUAAGUAUUUAUGCAAUCAUUGUCUAGAAAUAUUAAAAAAAAAUUGUGCAGCACGAUAAAAUUUACUGGAAUAUACAUAAAGUUAUUUAUAUUUAACAUUAGCCAAGCAUUGAAAUUUUGGCAUAAUUUAAUUAUUGAUAAAAAUUGAUAAUCUCUUUUCAUUAAAGUUAUUAUAUAUGUUAAUUUUUAAGUUUUUCUCAGAUCGUUAAUUAACAAUAAUCGCUAUGGCAUUGAUGCUGAUCUUUUAUAUAGAUUUCAAUUAAAGCCUAUGACUAUACAUAAAUCUGAAAAAGUGAUAGGAUGGAAUAAAUCCAGACUGUGAAAGAAAAAAUAUAUAUAUAUACUGAAAAUAAUCAAUGUAUUUUGCAGUAUCGCACAUUGUUAGGAUGUAUGCAACACUGAAGCAAUAAAUAUAUACACUUAAUGCGCUUCUAGCAAAUGAAAUUAAUCCAAGUAUUAUCGAAGAUCUGAUAAACGUUAGAAGUUCAAGAUUUUUCAUGACAUACGUGUAUGUAUAUAAAUAUAAAUAUGAAUAUAAAUCUGUCCAUUAUUCAACAGAUUCUAAUUAAUCAUGAAUAUAAUAUUGCGGAAAGUGACGAAGCAACAUCCUUUUAAUGUGUAAUUAAUGAUUGAAAAAAAAACAUUAAAUAUGAAAGGCGCGUGUAAAGGCUCUUUUUUAACAGAGCUACAAAAAUCGGUUAGGUCAAAUAUAUAUUUCCAAUUGAAAUUAUAAAGUUAAUAUAAGGACUGUCAAAAUACAUAUAUAUGUAUGAAUAUAUAUGUACGUGUAUAUUAAAUAAUGAAGAGAAAACUAAAGAGAGAGUUAUCGUUCGUGAAAUAAAACUUCUCCGAGAAAAAACAAAAUUAUACGUCUCGUGCGAUAAUAAACGCACGAUCGUACGUAUCACUGUCUACCUUCUAUAUCUCUACCUUUGUAUAAAAAAAAACAAAUGAAUGCGAAGCACAGAUCAUAAUGUAACUAUCAAGACAAAAAUUAUGUAAAAAAUGUUAAUAAAAAGUAGUAAAUGUUUUUACCUACAACUUAUUUAAUUAUAA